GGAGGCGGAGGAGGGUUCUCCGCGCGCAGCCUGGGCGAAAAGGGACCGAGGAAGAAGAGGAGGAGGAGGAAGAAGACCCACCGACCCAGCCUCGGUUCCCGGCGUCCGCCCGGCUCCCCCUCUCUCCUUGCGCGCAGCAGCGCCUGGGUUGAGGCCAGAGGCUGCCAGAGCCAGGAGCACCGCCACCACCACCAGUACAACCAGUACCACCAGUUCCCCACCAGUGAGAGCAUCCCUGGGAGCAGAUCAGCCAAGUAACAACGACCCGUAAAGCAGAGCCGCACAAGUCUGUAGCCUCACGUGUAGACAUGAAGCUGGAGAGCCCCAGCGCCGACUCGCAGCUGGAGUUUGUGGUGGCCACCGAGAAGGAGUUUGAGGAGAUCCUGGCCAUGUCGAAGGGCAUCUACGGGGGGCUGGACUACCUCCCCAGCCGCUACCAUGCCUGGAUCCGGGAGCCCAACCGCACCGUCGUGCUGGCCAAGAAGAACGGAGCUGUGAUUGGGCUCCAGUCGGUCUACAUCAUUGACGCCGGGGAGACGGCUUUGGUGGAGGGGCUCCGCGUGGCCCCCUGGGAGCGAGGGAAAGGGGUGGCCGGGGUCCUCCAGCGCUUCUGCUCAGAGAUGGUCAAGGAGAAGCACCCCGAGGUCAAGGUGUCGCGCUUGACCCGGGACGACAAGCUGGGACCCAAAGACUUCAAGAAGUACCGUGUCAUCGCCAAACAGGGGAUCCUGCUGGUGCGCUUUGAUGCUCAAGAGCUCCUCUCCCGCCUUGACGCUGUGGUGUUGGCGCUGGCCGAGGCCGGCUUCUGCCCGGAGCCGUCCGAGCUCCUCCUGGAGAGCGAGGUCCCCGAGGUGGUCCUGCAGGAGUCCUUCCAGAGGGAGGUUCUGCCCAACCAGACCAUCAUCCAAGACUGGCAACCCUUCAAGGCUACCGCCGGCAACCUGGGCCUGCUGAUGAAGAAGGACCUCUGCUGGGUGGUCGACCAGAAGGCCCGCCCCACCGUGGCCACCCUCAGCACCCGGCCCUUCCCCAUCCCGCUGGGAGAGGACUGGUUCUACCUCAACAUCGACGCCUUCGGGCGCGACCUGGCGCACAUCAAGAGCCAGCUGCUCCACCACCUGCGCCUCCAGGUGCCGGCCGCCCAGCAGGGGAAGGUCAUGUGCCAGCUCUUCCUGGAGCCGGCCCUGUGGUUAGACAUGGCCACCUUCUGCCAAUCGGCCCUGGGCCUGGAGCUGGCCAAGGACUACACCGAACAGUACCUGCUGGAGUCCGACAUCUGAGGGGUUGGGGGAGGCCAAGGGGGCAGCGGCAGGGGGCUCAGGGGUGGGGGGAGAGGGAGGAGCGGCGGGGCCCCCUCCUCCCCUCCCUCUCCCCUCCCUCCCCCCUCCCUCCUCCAUCCCCCAACUCCCAUGCAACGCAGCACUUUCUGAGCCUUUUAACAUUUUAUCCUGGAAAUACUUGGUUACCCCGACCCAAACCCAGUGCCCCCCCACCUCCACCCCUGACGUAGAGGAUGAAACCCCAGUUCUCCCUCCCUUCCCUGGGCAGCAGUUAGCAAUGUGGGUGGUUUGGUCCGGGGAGAUGGAUGGGGCAGCAGCAGAGAAAAUGGGGGCGGGGGGCUUGGAGGAGGUUCUCGCCGGAGCGGCUGGCUGGUCCUUGGCAAAGCCUUGCCCACCCCGAGCAGCGGGCACCCAUGGGCGAGAGAGAGAGCAGGGGGCCUCUGCGGCUGCCUCUGUUUUGAGAUAAAUAAUCAAACAAUCCAGGUCUUAGCGCUGUGGGGAAACCAAGAGGAGUUUGGCCUAGAUUCCAUCUGCUCUUUGCAGCCCUCGGCUCUGAUGAUCAUGAGCCGCUGAGAUUCCACCUGGAACAGAUCCCAUCACUGCAAGCUCAUCUCUAGGUCCAUGAGGGCUAGAAACCUGGCUUUCUUUAAAACGGAGGCUGGGGUUCUCCUGGACGUUGUGGUGCAGCAGACACUUUUAAGGGAAGCCCAGAUGAGGUCCUGGGACCACCAGAGAGCCACUGGCUCCUCCCAGACUUUAGUGUGUGUUUUCGGGUGGGGGGCAGCGAUAGUCGCACAGCAAUAGCCCCUUUCACUUGUGCAGCCCCCCGUCCGCCCCCUUCCUCCCCCCCCAGCCAGGCGCUUAGCAACAGCUGACAUGGUGACGGAGGAGGCGCCCCCCUUGCAACGGUUGCCAUGGCAGCGGCUGAGGGAGCCUAGCAACGAGGCUGACGCACGGGGCGGUGCCUGGCAACGGUUGACGUGGCGAUGGAGGCCGGUGAUGUGAUGACUGAUGGCGGAAGGCAGCAAGGUCGCUGCGACCUCCCCGGCCCCUGCAGAAGGGACCUUGCGGGGCUUGGCGGACCCCCCCUGCCCCCUCCCCGUGAUCUUGCCUUGCACUCCCCCCAGCCCCCACCCCUUUCCCCCUAGCGCCGCUUUCAGACUGACUAACGUGCAAUAUUAGAUUCUUGUAAAUGGAGAUAUAUUUAUAAAUCUAUGGUGUGCAAAAUG